AGAUUCAUCGGCGAAACUUCAUGACCAGGUCUGAAAAAAUGAGCGAGAGCGAGCUUUCGGGCGCCGUGACGAGCGCACUGUUGGAGCUCUACCAUCGCGAAAGUAUUCCUAUGGUCUCGCAACCGACGGUGGGAGUUGGGGAGAACGCCUACGGACAGGUCCUUCGAGUGAGUUGGCCCACGAUCCCGGAAGCUGCUAGCGUUGUGGUCAAAAUGGCGCCGAAGAACGAGGCCCGGAGAUCCCACAUGCAUGUGGUGGACUACUACGCCAGGGAGGUCUUCAUGUACCAGGAGGUCUUCCCCAUUUUCCGGGGGCUGUCACCAGGUCGGAGCAUGUUCACUGUGGUGCCAGCACUGCAGGCCAGUGGCUUAAGAGCUCCCAACGAAUUUCUGAUUUUCGAGGAUCUGUCGGGAAGUGGCUUCCGGCCCAAUUCUCGGAGCACCAUGCCCACCUACGACAUUGUAGUCUGCUCCCUGAAAGCCUUAGCGGAGCUUCAUGCCUGCUCAUUUAUCCUGCAGAAAAGAAAUCCUGCAAAGUUCAAGGAGUCAGUGGAGUUCGUGCAGAAGGAUAACUUGUUCACUGCCAACAUUGAGGAGGUCACUAUUGAGUUUGGAAAGGCACAGUUGCGAAAGGCAAGAAAUAUUCUGGACGCAUCCGAUGGCGAUCAAGUAGGUGCGCUCAAGGAGGUACUGGAACGCUGUGAGAAGCAGCUGAAAUCCUUGGCCCUUUACUGCGUGGAUGGAAAAUCGCAGGCACCACAUUCCGUCAUCUGUCAUGGCGACUUCUGGAACAACAAUAUUCUCUACAGACAUGAGCCCAACUUCGAUCGACCCGUGGAGGCCAAACUCAUCGACUUCCAGAUGUCGCGCUAUGCUCCGCCGGUACUCGACAUUGUCCACUAUCUCUUUGCCUGUACGGAGAAACAAUUACGGGACGAACACUUUCCCGCCUUUAUGGAUGCUUACUACGACACCCUGGAUGAGAAAUUGACUUCUUGUGACCUUCGCGUGGAGGAGAUGUAUCCACGAAGUGUUUUCAGCCGACAAUUGCAGCUUUACGGUGUUUACGGCCUAAUCAUGGGUGCAUUUUCCCUACCCUUUUUCAUUUCCAACGCCAGUGAGGUAAUUGAUAUCGAUACCGUUUCCGAAGCCAUCCAGGACCUUUCUGCAUCGUCCGAUGAGUCCAAGUAUAAGGAGCUGCUCGAGGAAUACGAUAUGCUCAAUGCACGCACUUUGCCAAUUUUCAAGCGUCGCAUCACUGGUAUCGUAAAGGAUCUAAUCAAAUACGACAUGACAGAGCCUCUAUUUAAAAUGGACUCCUAAACGAGUGCUUCAGUAUUAAAGCUUUAAAACCAAAAUUACCAUAGAA